GCAGCAAUCACCCAUCUCUUCCUAUCUUCACUACUAUUAUUCCCUCUUUUGUACAUAAAAAUAUUUUUCUUUUUCUUUCAUUUCCUCCGUUGAGGGAUAGGAGGAAGCAAAAUAAUGCAGAUGGGUGAGAGUGCCGCUGCCACCAAGAACCACCGCCACCACCUCGGCGUUUCCAUUGACGCGCCACCGCUCUAUGGCUUCAAGGGGCUUGAUGAUGACGGUCGACCCCAGCGGACUGGGACGGUUUGGACGGCGAGCGCCCACAUAAUAACGGCGGUGAUUGGAUCCGGAGUGCUUUCACUAGCUUGGGCUAUUGGGCAGUUGGGCUGGGUUGCCGGCCCAUCUGUGAUGUUAUUAUUCUCGUGUGUGGUUUAUUACACUUCUACCCUCCUCGCCGAUUGUUACCGUGCCGGAGACCCCGUGUUUGGCAAAAGAAAUUACACUUACAUGGAUGCCGUUAGAUCUAAUCUUGGAGGAUAUCAAGUCAAAAUAUGUGGGCUGAUUCAAUAUUUCAACCUUUUUGGAAUCGCCAUUGGUUACACCAUUGCAGCAUCAAUAAGCAUGAUGGCGAUCAAAAGAUCGAAUUGUUUCCAUGAGAGUGGAGGAAAGAACCCGUGCCAUAUGUCGAGCAAUCCAUACAUGAUUGCUUUUGGAAUUAUAGAAAUUAUUCUAUCUCAAAUCCCGGAUUUUGAUCAAAUAUGGUGGCUCUCAAUAGUUGCUGCUGUUAUGUCCUUUACCUACUCUGGAAUUGGAUUGGGGCUUGGAAUUGCACAAGUUGUUGCUAACGGGGCUUUCAAGGGCAGCCUCACUGGCAUUAGCAUUGGAACUGUUACUGAAACCCAAAAAAUAUGGAGGAGUUUUCAAGCUCUUGGAGACAUUGCUUUUGCCUAUUCAUAUUCCAUCAUUCUUAUUGAAAUUCAGGACACGGUGAAAUCUCCGCCGUCAGAAUCAAAGACGAUGAGGAAAGCUAGCCUGUUCAGCACUAUAGUGACUACAACUUUCUACAUGCUAUGCGGGUGCAUGGGUUACGCAGCAUUCGGGGAUGAUGCGCCCGGGAAUCUCUUAACCGGGUUCGGGUUCUACAACCCUUUUUGGCUCCUGGAUAUCGCCAACGCCGCCAUCGUCAUCCACCUUGUGGGAGCCUACCAAGUGUACUGCCAGCCGCUGUUUGCAUUCAUCGAGAAAUGGGUCGGGGCGAAAUGGCCCGACAGCGAGAUCAUCACCAAGGAAAUCAACCUGAAAAUCCCCGGGUUCGGGUACCCGUAUAAACUGAAUACUUUCCGGUUGCUGUGGCGCACGGCGUUCGUGCUCUUAACCACCGUCAUAUCCAUGUUGCUGCCUUUCUUCAACGACGUCGUUGGGAUUCUCGGGGCGUUCGGGUUCUGGCCGUUGACCGUGUAUUUUCCGGUAAGGAUGUACAUUUCACAGAAGAAAAUACCCAAGUGGAGCACCCGGUGGAUUUGCCUCCAAAUGCUGAGCGGCGCUUGCUUGGCGGUGUCGCUCGCGGCGGCCGCCGGUUCGUUCGCCGGUGUGGUUCUUGAUCUUAAGCUUUACAGACCAUUCAAGACUAGCUACUAAAGUGAAGUAUUUAGUCAUUGCGCGCCAUGCAUUAUAUUGCAUGAACAAGCUAAGGAUCAUGUUCAUGUAUGUAAUUAAUUCCAAUAACAAAAUUAAAGCAUGUAAUGGGGGCUAAAGUGUCAAUUUAUGAAGUUUGAGCAGCCCAUUUAAUAAAUAAAAAAGUCUCGUGUCAUUACUCAUGUAUUGUAUAUACCUAAUAGCACUGCUCA